AUGGCGAGUCUACGGAUGGGCAGCAUGCCGUCGUUGCGGCGACAGCACCUCCUGGCCGAAUUUGCUGGCCUGAAGCAGGCUUGUCCGGAGGGGGUCUUUGUGAGCUUGACGCCAGGAGACCCGAUGCUAUGGUCCGGCGUCAUGUUUGUGAGGCACGGACCCUACGCUACGGCUAUCCUAAGAUUUCAGAUUUCGUUCCCAGACACAUAUCCUCGACUACCGCCACUGGUCACUUUUUCAACAGACAUUUUCCACCCCCUAAUCACACCAUUAACCACGUACAUGUACACCACCGACAUUCAGGACAACGGCACGGUAAGCGCCACCGACGCAGAGCGCCUACCGCCCGGAGGUUUCAGUCUACGACAUGGGUUUCCCGCUUGGUUUGGGCGGGGCAGCAAAAGCAACGCGGGGAGCCGACAGGUCAGCGGCCAGCAGCAACAACAACCGCCCGCGACGCCUGCCAGAGGCGGUGGGGGGCCAUCCAGCACUACGUCGACGCCGAGCUCAAAGGCGACGCCUCUCGGAGGACGGCCUGGGUAUCUCGACACUUCGAGGCGAGAGGUCUCCACGUACGAGGUCUUGCGAUAUAUCCGGAGCACGUUCGAUGACGAAAAGGUGCUAGACUCGGUGCCUCUCGAAGCUGCGGGAAACCCUGGCGCGUGGCAUGCGUGGCGGACACGUCAGCGACAGACGGGCAAGAGUUUCCCUGGCGAUCCGGUACCGCAGGAGAAGAGUGAAAAGGAGCAAGAGAGCGACAAAGUGGCAGAGGCUGCUGAUGGUGCUCAGGAGAAGAAGGAAGGCGAAGCGGAAGGGGAAGAAAAGGUGGAGGAGGCGCCGCCUCCGCUGCCUGAGAGGAAGCCUUCCACCAGCGGGAGUGUUCACUCCAUUGUUAGGAAACCUAUCGGUAGUGCGCCUUCCGUCUCCAGAAAGCCUGGGGAGUGGAAUUGGGAAGGCGUUUGGGAGGAUAGAGUACAGAAAGGCAUCGCGACGUCCCUGUCUGAGGCGGUCUUGUACGGGGCGACGUCGGGUGGGGAUGACCUGAUCAACUUCCUUGCAAUGGAGGAAGGCGACGUGGACGCUGUGAGAGAAAAUUUGCAGCGUACACUGGGAAGCAGCCCGGCGACACCUGAAGAACGUAGAAGCAUGCAGGGCGUGCCUGCGUCGGAAUGA